AUCUACGUUUGCACAAGGCAACCCAUCAGGCACGCGCUACUUGAAAAUGUAUUAGUGAUGCGAGAGUGGCGCCGCUGGUUGCGCGAUUUUAUGCGAUUCCCUGAAUUAUGGCGACUAGUCGCGGAAUUUCUUCACGCGAGCAACGCAUCCUGCGAGGUCUGCUAUUCAGCGGCGGAUGCGUUGUUGUACUGAUUGGCGUGCAGAUGCUCACCUUGCUCUUCUCAAGCAACCCGGACUGCGCCUACGACAAGCGGGAAUGGCAACUGACAUCAACAAUAGCACCGGGACGGGUUGACGGCUACGAGACCUUGGAGAGAACAGUUGCACCACCUUCAAGUUCACACACCACUUCGCCGAGCACAGUAUCGGCAAAAGAAGGCCACGAGACUAGUACCCAAUAUGCUUUCAUCGAUUCUGACGGCACAGCGUUCGAGGUCUUUCGAGCAAUUUACCCUGGCGCGCAUCGCUUCCAGCUCUACACCUUUGACUGUAGCACUGUAGCGGGAGAUGGGGCCUACAACUAUCUAUCCCACUUCCAGCUCGGGGCGGUGGCUCCGGUGCCCGUUGGGCGACUUCCUUGCGAAUGGAAGGCUGUCGCAUCGGGAAGUGGAGGGAAAAAAGACAAAGAUACGAAAGCGCUUGCACCAUUGAAGACGGGAGCUGCGGCAUCUGAUCCUCCCUCGUCUGACUCGAAACGGAAGUCCGACCCUCCUCUCUUCGAGUGGCUGAGGCAAACUUUUUCAUCACAAGACGAAAUAGUGCUGCGAAUCGGGCCCGGGGAAACCUCUCUACUCCAGCUGGCGCAAACCCUUUUGCAUCGCGCAGAUGAGCGGCAGAAGCUGCUGCUCGACGGACUUCCGUCGUCGUCCUCCAACGCACAGCCCUUGGUCACUUUCCGAAAGCUCUAUUUGACAGAAGACCAUUUAGGUUCGGGCGCACAAGGCGAUGGGACAGGUAAUGCGGGCGAGCAGGGCGGCGCGCCUCUUCUUGGUGGUGGCGCGUUCGAAGAAGAGUCAGGUGGAGGACCAAAUUUCAAAGUCGGUAACGCUGCGGCUCAAUCGCCGCUUUUUGCGGGCAGCAGUGGAUUGACGGCGCUCCUCGGUAAUAAUCGAGUGCUGCUAUGGCCACAGGAAGGCAACCCCAGCGACAUGCUUGCGUUGAACUCCCUCCACAGUAACGCAAAUCAUCCGGUUCUGCGGACCUGUAUCGGCGAUGACGAAGAGGACGGGAAUGUAGUGCUCGGACUGAAAAUCGGAUCAGAGAGAGGACCGGCGCAGGAUUUUGUCAAUAGCUGGCUGGCCGAGACUGCUUUGUAUGACACCGCCGCGGCUGAGCAGGAAACUCCUUCGAAGCGCAAGCGAAAGGAGAAAAAAGACAAAAAUGAGAAGACAACAAAAUCUUCAGGCCAGCUCGCAGUCUUCGUUUUCGCAGACUUCGUAGAGCAGUUUCCUGACUUGGUGCGGAAUUGGCAAAAAGCAGGUCUGUCCGUGCAGGCACGAAUACGGGAGCGCGCAGUGUAUGGGCAGAAGGAAGAAUUGGAACGCGAGCUGGUGCAGUCUUUCCGGAUCUACCGGCGUACUCUCGAUCCAGCGCCCAAGCUACUCUUAGUAGAAGACCCAGGCGCGUUGCCAACGCUGUUGAAAGUUAGCGCCGGGAAGCUUGACUGGCAAUUGGUGCAGCCAAGAUUGGUCAUUCCGCCCAUACAACAGCCCGCGGCAGUGGAAGCAGAGGAUCCCGAGCGCAAUCGAGGGUAUUUUGGAUCUAGCUCUGCAACGGCUUCGCUGUCUCAACUGUUAGCAGAUCCACUGGAGAACGCGAUUCGGAAACCCCUUGCAGACGCGCGGCAGGAGGGAGGCCUGCUGUUGCUUGACCCUCUGCUAUUCGUGGAGCUGGUGCCGCAGCUGGUAAGGGAAGCGAACGCAGCGGAAAUAAGGUUCCGCAGUCUGGAUGACUGCAGGCGCAGUAAUAACUUUCGUGGGAGCCUGAACACGCUCACAUUGGUCUAGAAGCACAUCCGGACAUGGCAUUUUGGCGAAACCGCACAGGCGGCGAAGCAGAACGGCUAGACGGGCGGCGCGGCUCUCGGGUGCUGAUGGAGUGACGGGCGAGUUCGCGGAGAGGGAGGGAGAGCAGCUCCUCGGAUGCACAAUUGACGGCAGUGGGAGAAGGCGUUGGCGCGGUUGACAGCAGGCGGCGUAAAUAUUUCAUACCCUUGCAUUUGUGUUUGGAAUUGAGAUUUUAUCUACCCCUGAGGCAGUAGCAGGAAGAUCGUUGCUCUUGAACUGGUUCGCUGCCUGAAAGCGUGAGAAGCAGCACACCGCAUUAGUAUUGCAAUUGAUUUCGUAAGUAUUCCGUCACAACUGUCCUGUAGUCCGUCGGCUUUACGUUUUCAUUUCGUACUGGUCUGAAGAACUGUUCGUG